UGUACAGUUACUGGGAUCUUUAAGUGUGUUUGAAAGCAACAACAGCAAAAUGUUGACUGUUCUUAUCUUGCUGAGUCUCCUGAAGUCCUACAGUGCCAGUGAUAAACCCAGUGAUUAUGAGACAAUACCAAGUAUAAAAGGAGGAUAUGGUCCUAUUAUUCCAGAGCAUGACCAAGGAGGGUAUGGUUCAAUGAAAACAGAUUAUGGUAUCUUUGGAGACCCUCAUGCAGUAUUUACAGGCAAAAUGCCUCUGAAUGGAUUUCCAGUGGAGAAAUUUGUUAUCGCAUCCAGUCAAAUUUGCAAGGACAAAAGAGGCAUUUGCAAAAGUCCCUGUCAAGAGGGUUUUACCAGCUUCAAUAAUAUGUGCUAUAAAUACAUCCACCGCAGACUAUGUUUCCAUGAUGCAGAGAUGCACUGUCGAAAUAACUACCCUGGCGGUCACCUUGCCUCUGUACAUUGUAAUUUGAAUCAUCAGUUGCUCAGAGACCUUGCAAAGGAUGCUUACUACACCCACCCCAUGACUUGGAUCGGUCUCACAGACUGUAGCAAAGAGUGCCAUUUCCUAUGGACCGAUGGAACAGUUUCAGACCACACAGAAUGGUGUCCUGGUGAACCCUCUGACCAAGUUGGAAAAGAAAACUGCGUGGCCAUGAACCAUAAACUUCAAUAUCUCUGGACUGAUGAGGAAUGCAAAAAUGAGUUUAAUUUUAUCUGUGCCUAUCGAUUGGGCUGCCCGGGAGAAGGCUGUAACCAACUCUAAGAACAACAUCAGAAAGGAUUCUUUUUUCCAGUGUCACUUUUGACCUGUCUUGAAAUGGCAUUUUUAAUCUCAUUUUGGAAUUAUAAUCUGUUCUGAGAUUGUAGAAACCAAUAAAGUAGUGAAGCAUCA